CGGAGAGAACAAAACCUAAAGCCUAAACGCUAACAUACCCCUUGACUCAUCUAAUUGAAACCCAAUUGAAUUUUCACUCACUACUUCAAGUCUACAACACAAACAAACAGUCAAAAUUGAAGCAAACCAUUACAGAGAAAAACUUCCAUGGAUACACUAGCAGAAGGUUUAUGGGGAUUAGCAGAUUAUCAUGAGCAAAAAGGUGAAUUUGCAAAGGCAAUCAAAUGUUUAGAAGCAAUUUGCCAAAGCCCAGUUUCAUUCCUCCCAAUAAUCGAGGUCAAAACUCGUCUUCGAAUCGCCACCCUUUUGUUGCGCCAUUCUCACAAUGUCAAUUAUGCCAAAUCUCACCUUGAACGUUCUCAAUUGUUGUUGAAGUCGAUUCCUUCGUGUUUCGAAUUGAAAUGUAGGGCGUAUAGUUUGUUGAGUCAAUGUUAUCAUCUAGUUGGGGCGAUACCAUCUCAGAAGCUGAUUUUGAACAAGGGUUUGGAGCUUACGAAGUCGCUCGGUGAUGGUUUUGCAGCAAAGUUAUGGUAUUGCAAUUUCAGUUCACAGCUUUCUACUGCUUUGAUUAUAGAAGGCGACUAUCAAAAUUCCCUUGCUACUCUUGAACAAGGAUACAGCUGUGCUGCUGAAUUAUGUUAUCCUGAAUUGCAGAUGUUUUUCGCGACAUCGAAACUUCAUGUCCACUUGAUGCAAUGGGAUGAUGUGGACAUGGUGGAACGGGCUCUAGCAAAAUGCGAUGAGGUGUGGAACUCCUUUGAGUCGAAUAAGACACAGCAAUGUCUUGGUUUGCUUUUUUAUAAUGAGCUACUGCACAUUUUCUAUCGGUUUCGUAUAUGCGACUACAAGAAUGUUGCUCAACACAUUGACAAGCUUGAUGCUGCUAUGAAGGCUGACUUGCAGCAAACAGAGCAUGUUCGUAAACUAACCAGUGAACUCAACGCUUUGAACCACUCUCUCUCCGAGCCUGCUAUGAAGCAGAGGGAUUGCUCACUACUGAUUGAGAAACGUGCUCAUCUUCAGCAGCAGCUCAGGACUAUAACCACAUCCAAUUUAAUUCCACAAGGUUAUACUGAUUCUGCUGGUGUUGAUUAUGAGAGGAGGCUAUCUGCUGACAAGCUCGAGCUGGCACCAUAUCCUAUUGAUGGGGAGUGGUUGCCCAAGAAUGCAGUUUAUGCUUUGGUGGACCUUAUGGUUGUAAUUUUUGGGCGCCCAAAAGGACAAUUUAAGGAGUGUGCAAAGCGGAUUCAAUCUGGAAUUCAAAUUAUCCAAGUUGAACUAUUAAGGCUGGGAAUCACAGAUGGUGUAAGAGAAGUAGAUCUUCAACACUCCGCUAUUUGGAUGGCUGGUGUCUAUCUGAUGCUGUUGAUGCAAUUUCUUGAAAAUAAGGUGGCAGUGGAUCUCACACGAGCUGAUUUUGUUGAAGCUCAAGAGGCUUUGGUGCAGAUGAGAAAUUGGUACAUUCGUUUUCCAACAAUCUUACAGGCUUGUGAGAGCAUUAUUGAGAUGCUAAGAGGACAAUAUGCACACUCAGUUGGUUGCUUCAAUGAGGCGGCUUUCCAUUUUGUUGAAGCAGCAAAGAUGACAGAGAGCAAGUCAAUUCAAGCUAUGUGUCAAGUGUAUGCAGCUGUCUCUUACAUAUGUAAUGGUGAUGCAGAAUCUUCUUCACAGGCUCUUGAUUUAAUAGGGCCUGUCUAUAGGGUGAUGGAUUCUUUCAUUGGAGCACGAGAGAAAACAAGUGUUCUGUUUGGUUAUGGUCUUCUGUUGAUGAAGCAGCACAAUCUUCAGGAGGCACGGAUACGUUUGGCUACUGGAUUGCAAAUAACUCACAGUAAUCUGGGAAAUCUUCAGUUGGUUUCGCAGUAUCUAACAAUUCUUGGAAGUUUGGCCCUUGCUCUUCAUGACACUGCACAAGCUAGAGAAAUUUUGAGGUCUGCUUUGACAUUGGCGAAGAAACUUAAUGAUAUCCCAACUCAGAUCUGGGUACUAUCGGUUCUCUCAGCACUGUAUCAGGAGCUGGGAGAGAGGGGAAAUGAAUUGGAGAAUUCAGAGUACCAUAGAAAGAAGAUAGAUGAUCUGCAUAGAAGACUUGCAGAUGCUUAUGCAUCAAUUCACCAUAUUGAGCUGAUUAGCAAAGAUAAAAUUGAAGUUCACCAGCUGCUCAAUUCUGAUACUAAACGUGCUAUGGCAAGUUCGUCGAUGAAGGUUGAUCUUGACAUCCCGGAAUCUAUUGGUCUGGCCUCAUCAAUGCCCGUAACUUCAUCCUCGCGGCUUGUUGACUUAGAUUCUGGAAGACGCGGGAAGAGGAAAAUUUAGCUUGAGAAUGUAUAUAUUUGUAACUGUCAGAACUUAUUUAUCUGUAUAUAUUUAUAUGGCAUGUAUCUUACUGCCAAGAUUAGGAAUAUUUACCAGUCAUAUGCAAUGAAAUUUGCUUUUCUUUCUCAUUCUCUAAUUGUAUUGUGUUGCGGAUUGCGAUCUGCAUGUAGCAAUUGUGUAAGCUAGGAAGCUCAGAUCGCUUGGUUCUUAAGGAAGUUUGCCCUUCUAGUUUUCUGCCCCAUCUUGAGCUAUACUCCCGUAAGCUUCUGAACAGUAUAGUUUUAUUUUUAACUUAGGAAUUGAUUUAGUUAGGUAAUGAUUAUCAUCUUGUUGUUCAAGUUUAUUAAACAAACUCACAUUCACAAACCAAGACUGGUGAUGUAAAUUAUAUUGAGGCGUGUUAAUCUUUUUGUGUUCA